AUGAAGCUCUACAACAAUCCCCCCUUAAUCAAUCUCCUGUUCAUCGGGGCCGUGGCAGCUCAAGAUUAUCCUUCAUUGCCCCCGUGGCACCCGCCGGGAUCUAGCGAUGUACGAGCCCCUUGCCCAAUGUUGAAUUCCUUGGCGAACCAUGGAUACCUACCUCACGACGGGAAGGAUAUAACUCUGGAGAAAACCAUUGAAGCGUUAGACACGGCGCUCAAUAUCGAUGCAGAGUUGGCAACAUUCUUGUACAACAAUGCCAUUACCACAAACCCAACGCCUAAUGCCACUACGUACUCUCUCAACGAUCUCAGCAAUCACAACAUUCUGGAACAUGACGCCAGUCUAAGCCGUGCGGACUUCUACUGGAGCGGCGACGCCCACACUUUCAACCAGACCGUCUUUGAUGAGACGAGGUCAUACUGGACGGGGCCAGUCAUAGACGUCCAGAUGGCCGCAGAUGCCCGUUUGGCGAGGGUCAAGACAUCGAUGGCGACGAACCCAGACUACUCGAUGAGUGAUCUCGGCUCGGGCUUCAGCAUCGGUGAGACGGCCGCCUACAUAAUCAUCAUCGGUGACAGUAUUUCCGGAACCGUGGAGAAGUCGUGGGUGGAAUAUCUCUUUGAAAAUGAACGGCUCCCGGCGGAACUCGGAUGGAGCAGACACACAGCGGCAGCCACGUUUGCUACGCUGAACGAUAUGAUGGAUAGGGUUGAGAAUGCUACUGGCCCUCUUGCAUCAAAGGUCAGACGAGUCGGCAUGCAUGAUGUCCCUCGUCGUAGAACAGUGAUGCCAUUACCUUGA